AUGGAGCGAGCAAGGGCGGACCACGUGAGCGGCCCCAGAGCGAGGAAGGGCGGACCGCGUGAGCGGCCCCGGAGCGAGGAAGGGCGGACCGCGAGCGCCCCCGGAGCGAGCAAGGGCGGACCACAGCGAGGAAGGGCGGACCACGUGAGCGGCCCCGGGGCGAGGAAGGGCGGACCACGUGAGCGGCCCCGGAGCGAGCAAGGGCGGACCGCAUGCACAGCCCCGGAGCGAGGAAGGGCGGACCGCGUGAGCGGCCCCAGAGCGAGGAAGGGCGGACCACCCCCGGAGCGAGGAAGGGCGGACCGCGUGAGCGGCCCCAGAGCGAGGAAGGGCGGACCACGUGAGCGGCCCCGGAGCGAGCAAGGGCGGACCGCAUGCACAGCCCCGGAGCGAGGAAGGGCGGACCGCGUGAGCGGCCCCAGAGCGAGGAAGGGCGGACCACCCCCGGAGCGAGGAAGGGCGGACCGCGUGAGCGGCCCCAGAGCGAGGAAGGGCGGACCACGUGAGCGGCCCCGGAGCGAGCAAGGGCGGACCGCAUGCACAGCCCCGGAGCGAGGAAGGGCGGACCGCGUGAGCGGCCCCAGAGCGAGGAAGGGCGGACCACCCCCGGAGCGAGGAAGGGCGGACCGCGUGAGCGGCCCCAGAGCGAGGAAGGGCGGACCACAGCGAGGAAGGGCGGACCGCGUGAGCGGCCCCAGAGCGAGGAAGGGCGGACCACGUGAGCGGCCCCGGAGCGAGCAAGGGCGGACCGCAUGCACAGCCCCGGAGCGAGGAAGGGCGGACCGCGUGAGCGGCCCCGGAGCGAGCAAGGGCGGACUGCAUGCACAGCCCCGGAGCGAGGAAGGGCGGACCGCCCCCGGAGCGAGGAAGGGCGGACCGCGUGAGCGGCCCCGGAGCGAGCAAGGGCGGACCGCAUGCACAGCCCCGGAGCGAGGAAGGGCGGACCGCGUGAGCGGCCCCAGAGCGAGGAAGGGCGGACCACGUGAGCGGCCCCGGAGCGAGCAAGGGCGGACCGCAUGCACAGCCCCGGAGCGAGGAAGGGCGGACCGCGUGAGCGGCCCCAGAGCGAGGAAGGGCGGACCACCCCCGGAGCGAGGAAGGGCGGACCGCGUGAGCGGCCCCGGAGCGAGCAAGGGCGGACCACCCCCGGAGCGAGGAAGGGCGGACCGCGUGAGCGGCCCCGGAGCGAGCAAGGGCGGACCACGUGAGCGGCCCCGGAGCGAGAAAGGGCGGACCACGGCGGACCACGUGAGCGGCCCCGGAGCGAGGAAGGGCGGACCACGUGAGCGGCCCCGGAGCGAGCAAGGGCGGACCGCAUGCACAGCCCCGGAGCGAGGAAGGGCGGACCGCGUGAGCGGCCCCAGAGCGAGGAAGGGCGGACCACCCCCGGAGCGAGGAAGGGCGGACCGCGUGAGCGGCCCCAGAGCGAGGAAGGGCGGACCACCCCCGGAGCGAGGAAGGGCGGACCGCGUGAGCGGCCCCAGAGCGAGGAAGGGCGGACCACGUGAGCGGCCCCGGAGCGAGAAAGGGCGGACCGCAUGCACAGCCCCGGAGCGAGGAAGGGCGGACCGCGUGAGCGGCCCCAGAGCGAGGAAGGGCGGACCACGUGAGCGGCCCCGGAGCGAGCAAGGGCGGACCGCGUGA